UUUCAUUUUAACUCACCCUUCUCGAACUUCCUGGUUUUAAAUUGCAUGAAACGUCACUGAUUACUAGUAUAUUCUGUUGAAUGUUGUCGUUUUUUAUUUCACCACACGGGAUAUUAUAUAAAUUGCAUGAUACCUCUACCUGAAAAAUGUGUGAAACUAAAGACCCGUUUACACUAGACAACAAACAAAUGGCGUCGUCAGGUGGAGACCGUGAAGGGGUUUAUUCCAUAAUUGUCGACACCAGUAUUAAGCUGAGAACAAGCAUGGAAGAAGAGCCACCUUACGCAAAAUACAACUUUAUAAUGACUAGCAAUUCAACAGCGGACAAGAAGACAAGCGCUGGUUACUGGUCACAGAAGCGGUGUUUUGUGUUGCUGAUUGCUGUUCUUCUUGUCGUUAUCCUGGUGUCUGCCUCUGUAGGCGUUACAAUAUUUGUAGUUCAAAAACUUAAAUCGACAGGUCAGUCAACACCCCCGCCAUCCACCACUCCAAAGGCGUUAACAACAAGAACAACAGCUGUGUCAACAACAUUGGAAACAACUGUGUCAACUCUACCAAAUGUGUCACCACCAACAACUGUAUCAACAACACUACCAACAACUGUAUCAACAACACCACCAACAACUGUAUCAACAACAACACCACUAACAACUGUAUCAACAACACCAUCAACAACUACACCAACAACACCACCAACAACUGUAUCAACACCACCACCAACAGGCAACUGUUCCACCUCUAAAGUAUGCCACGCCUGCACAAGCCGUGAAGUCAAUGGAAGAUGCCGGGCAAAUGGAGCAUUGGUAGACACAGUCGAGUUUGGCAUGACAAUACGAUGCACCAUGGCUUGUUUCGCUGAAGUCAGAGGACCAGAUAGCAAUUAUGUGUACCGUGGCUGUGUCUCCUCUGAAGGUGACAGGGUGAUGAAGGCAUCCCAGGGCACAGAACUGUGUUUUCAGAUGGAAAAAUGGCCUGGUGCAGGUCUGAGUACAUACUGCUUCUGUUGUGGCGAACUGUGCAAUGUGCAAGACAUGACCACGCAUGGUGGAAGGGAUUAGAUGUUGACCUAACAUGGUGGAAGGGAUUAAAUGUUGACCUAACAUGGAGGAAGGGAUUAAAUGGUGACCUAACACGGUGGAAGGGAUUAGAUGUUGACAGAACAGAACUUUAUUACACUCAGGGCUAUCGUUCGAUGGCAUUUGAGGAAUACAAAUUUACAUAUUGAGAUAUGUUUCAAACAUUAAGUUCUCUUUAAAUAGUCUGUAAGUUAAACCUUUAUUGGAUUUUGAAAUGUCUCUUUGCCAGCUCUGUAAAAACUGGUCCGAGAGUCUUUGUUUGACUAAUGUCUUUAACCAUGCUACUGAACUAAACAUUUGCUUGUCCCAGAUAUUAUUUAGGCCAAGCUUACAAAAUAUAUUUCUAACACUGAUAAUCCAUUUAUGGUUUGUUCCACAUUGUAUAUAGUCAUGAAAUAAUAAUUUGUAGAUCUGAACUAAUAGUUUGGAAUAUUUAUCUGUCAGAAGACGAGCCCAAAAACACAAAAUAAGCAUAGAUAUUAUAAGCAGUAGUGGUUUUCUUCCACUCUCUCCAUAAAGCAUAUAUACAGGUGUGUUUUCUUCCACUCUCUCCAUAUAGCAUAUAUACAGGUGUGUGUUUUCUUGCAUUUGCUAUAUAUCAUAAAAACUGGACAUGUACACUUUCUAAUAUAGAUAUUUUCAAGUCCCCAGAUUUCACAACCAUAGAAUAAUAUAGGAACAACUGCAUCAAAAAAUAAUUUUAAAUGAUAUUCAAUUGACAAACAAUAUUCAUUUGAUUUCUUUAAGAUAUAAACAUGACUUUGCGAGCCUGUUGUGCUAGGUGUUUUUUGCAUAAAUUGAAUUUAUUGGGGGUUUUCGAACCAUAUUCCCAAAUAUUUGUAUUCAUUUACAUUCUCAAUCUCGAUGGAAGGGAUUAGAUGUUGACUACACAUGGUGGAAGGGAUCAGAUGUUGACUACACAUGGUGGAAGGGAUCAGAUGUUGACUACACAUGGUGGAAGGGAUCAGAUGUUGACUACACAUGGUGGAAGGGAUUAGAUGUUGACUACACUACAAGAGAGAGGGAGGGGGGAAUUAAGCAGAAUGAAAGUAAACAAAAUAAAAUAUUUACAUCUAUUAGUUGGUCAUAUAUUUCUUGGCUACAAGGGUAUAUCACGGUUUUGUAUAUGUGAAAAAAGUUUAAUCAAAUAACAUUAAAAAAGAAAAGAAAUUCAUAUUGAUGAAUUUAAAACAAAUUCCUAACUUUGCUGUGGUUGCAAGAUGUUUUUUACCAACAGUCUUAUUUUAUCAAUAAAAUUAUUUAUUAAAUACA